CCACGUCACUUGUGACACACCAAUUAUUUUCAGUCAUGGUAGGUAAUGAGAUUUAUCAUUUAUCCAGUGAAGGAAAGGAAGAGAGAGCAAGUGAGUGUUGCUUAGUAUCCAAGACAAGACAGUGAUAAUAUUGGAAUUUUUGGAAGCCAAAUUAGGCUUCCAUUCUGAUUCUACUAUUUUAUCUGCCUAGUUUUAGGGUACUGUUUAUCAUCGUUAGAAUCUGAAGGUGUGAAGAGUGAAGAUGGCAGAAGAAAAAGAAUCAACGUCAAUUCCUCUUAGUCAAGGGGACAAUGCAUCUCGCGACGAUCCCGAAGACCCAGCCAAGUCUCCACUAAGCUCGCCCAACUCUUCCACUCGCAGGGCUUGCUGCUUUGUUCUCCAGAGUUGGGUCUCUAAGAAAUUUAUGACUGGAUGCGUAGUUCUUUUUCCAGUUGCUGUUACCUUCUUCAUUACAUGGUGGUUUAUUCAGUUUGUUGAUGGUUUCUUUAGUCCAAUAUACUCCAGGCUCGGCAUAGAUGUGUUUGGACUUGGUUUUGUGACAUCGUUAGCUUUUGUAUUUCUUAUUGGUGUUUUUGUUUCGUCAUGGAUGGGAGCCACUGUUUUCUGGAUUGGAGAGUGGUUCAUAAAGCGAAUGCCCCUUGUUAGGCAUAUAUACUCUGCAUCCAAGCAGAUUAGUGCUGCAAUAUCUCCAGAUCAAAAUACCACUGCCUUUAAAGAGGUAGCAAUUAUCCGUCACCCGCGUGUUGGUGAAUAUGCGUUUGGAUUUAUUACAUCAACUGUUACUCUACAGAAAGAUAAUGAAGAUGAAGAGCUUUGUAGUGUUUUUGUACCUACGAACCAUCUAUAUAUUGGUGAUAUAUUUUUGGUUAAUUCCAAAGAUAUUAUAAGACCAAAUCUUUCCAUUCGAGAAGGCAUUGAAAUCAUUGUUUCCGGGGGGAUGACUAUGCCACAGUUGAUAUCUCCGGUGGAAAGGGCUACUCGACCGAAUGAAAGAAUUUCUUUGAACAGAAUUGGAUAAAGGAUUUGACCUGCGGAUCAUGUGGGUGUUGGAAAUUAUUAUAGUCUGAACCUCCUUGUAAUGGAAUAUGUAUUUGGAUACAUAAAAGUGUUGUUUAAUAUUUAGUUCUUUAAUGAGAGUAAUGUACCCUGUAACGCUGUAGUUGUAAACUUGUAACCCAGUAUACCCUUGUUUUUGUUCUACAUGUCCUUUCCACCCAGCCUCAGUCUGACAGAGAUGAACUACUAUGUACCAUUAGUCCAAUAUAAUGAAUAUAUGUUCAAAUUGGCUGCAUGUUA